ACCACAAGUUGUCUGUGUGUUAAUACUACUUAAUGAAUACCAAAAUCAAACCAAAGCAAACCCAUCCAAACGAUCAUAAGUACAAGUCGCGCUUCAGGCGAGAGUAUGCCACAGCUGACGCCGACGUCAGUGCCAGUGUCGGCACCGGCACCGCUGUUGGCUGCCCAGGCGCUCAAUGGGCAGGCGCAGGCGUUGCCCUAUGCGGAUGAGGUCUUGGAUCAGGAUCAGGACCAGCACCUGCAUCAUGUCGAUGAGGAGCAGGUUCAGCUACUGGCGUCUGUAGGCCAACGCAAGCCAUCGCUGGGCCAGCGUCGCAAUAUGGAGCUGCCACAUCUGUUUGUGGUUAAAGAGCUGCCCGAUGAGCUGGAAAUUUCGUCACUCAACUCAGAUACGGCUACGCCGCCAGUGUCACAACAAGAUGGAGAAAGAGAACGGGAUCGAGAUCAUUUUAGUCACGGCCUGAGACGCAAUUCCAUAUCGCUGCCGAUGGGUAUCAAUUCGUUGGAUUUGGAGGCGCUGCGCCUGCGGCAUCAGAUGCAGGCGCAGGAGGCGCUACACGAAGAGAGCUUUAUUGCCUCCGCCUCCAGUGUGGGCACACCCACAACGAUUGUGGUAACUCCCAGUGAUGCAAAUGAUUCGAACCACAAGCAGGAGGACGAUGACAGCAGCAGCGAUGAAUUCGGAAAUAUCAAGAAACCCGUCUACAAGGAUCGCUUUCGAAGUCGGAGACGCGCCUCAAUUGCCCCGCUGCCCGCCCUGCGACUCAACAGCAAGGAGAUGUUGGCCAGCGAUUUUGACACGCACAGCUUGGCCAGCAAUCAGGCCUCGAUCACCAGCGUCAACUCUUUGGCCAGUCUGUUGCGUGAAAAGAUGCAGGCCUUUCCACAGAUGAUACGCAAAAAGAAGCGCGAGACGAAGGACUACAAGAUAAAAAUCUUUGUGAUCCUGAUGUUCUUCAUCAUCAUCUUUCUGAUUGGCUACGCGUACGUUGCAUACCAUCAUCAGGUGCUGACCAAGAGCUAUUUCCAGAAGAUCAAGUUCAACUCAAAGGAUCGCAUCUUUCGCAUAUUGAGCCACGAGGACAAGGAGGUGAUAUCUGGCCAUUUGGGCGUAACACUCGGUAGCGAUACGGCGCCCUUCCACUGCCUCGAGGAUCAUCGGCGCAGCGAUGGCAGCGUCUGCAUCGAGUGGAAUGGAAUCGCCCGCCUGCACAUGAACUUCGAGGAUAAACAGGUGUUCCGGUGCUAUACGUUGCAGUGGCAGGCCCUCACUCCUGGCCUGCUGCCGACAGAUUGCUAUGAGCUGAAGCGGGAUAAUGGACUGUGGUUUGGCGGUGGCAUUACCAAGGGUCAGGAGUGGUCCCUCAGCUAUGCCAACUUUGACUUUAUGCCGUAUGCCAGCGGCGAUAGCAAGGUGCAUCAGUUUGGUAAUGGGGUGAAGCGAUAUUUCAUCAACUCCAUUGGCGUUGCGAUGCAGGUUAGCGAGCGUACGCCGCUCCAGCUGAGCAUCAAUCGGACAGAGAACCAGUUCUGUCUGCGGGCAGCCAACGAUGAUUUCACAUUUGUCAAUCGCUUGACGCCGUUGCCUCAGCUCGAUUAUCGGAUAUGCACGACGGAGGAUAUGCGCAGCUUGCACAUGCUAAUGACACAGCAGAGCCUUUGGGAUGGACUGACCGAGCAGGAUAUUGGGGAGCUGCACUCGUUGCUGGAGGAGCCAGUGUGGCAGAUGCCACAUCAGGCGCAACGGGAUGCCCUCAACGAGACCAUUAUUUGUGAUUACUCGGAGAAUGCGAUUGCCAUCGGUCUGGGCCACAUUGUCAUCAAUGAGUUCUGGCAGGAGAAUAUUGGCGAUUUCACAGUGGAUCGCGCACGCUUUCCAACGCUCAAGGACACCAUCGAUGUGCUGCAUCGGCGCGGCUUUAAGGUCGUCUUCACCAUUCAGCCGUUCAUCAGCACGGAUAGUGCAAACUUUAAGGAUGCCGUUGAACGCAAGCUGCUCAUCUAUGAGCGCUACUCGGAGCGCAGCAUUCCCGCCCUGACCCGCUAUAAGAGCAGCUCCAGCGCCGGCGUUUUGGACAUCACCAAUAAUGCAUCUGUGCCGUGGCUGCUGGAAAAACUGCAGCGUCUGAAGGAUGAGUAUGGUGUGAAGAGUUUCUAUUUAGAUCUGGGCACCGGUUACAAUCUACCGCAUUACUAUCAGUGCCGCAAACCGCUGGACAAUCCGGACAUGUACGCCCGCAUGCUGACCAGCAGCCUGGAGAGCGCCGGUUUGAUGGCCGUUUCGACGGCAAGCGUUGUGCCAAGGCCGCCAACAUUUCUGAGCACACCGCCGGCAAACGCAACGUGGGAGGGAUUGAGGGAUACGCUGGCCGCAGUGCUCAACUAUGGCGUCAUUGGUUAUCCAUUUGUGCUGCCUGGCGCCAUUGGUGGCGACUAUCUGCUCGAGCGUCCGCUCACCAAAAUGGUUUCAUUCUAUUCACUGGAACAGCCACCGCUGCCCGAUGCAGAGCUCUUCAUACGCUGGCUACAGUUGGCCACAUUCCUGCCAGCGAUGCAGUUCAGUCAUCUGCCGGAUGAGUAUCACAGCGAGCUGGUCACUCGUGUUGCCCAAGAGCUGAAGGAGGUGCGCCAGACGGUGGUCAUAGCGCUGCUCAAGAAAUAUCUAAGUCCAUCGAUGAACGAGGGCUUGCCUCUGGUGCGUCCGCUCUGGAUGCUCGAUCCCCAUGAUCCCGCCUGUCUCAUUGUCAGCGAUGAAUUCUCUGUCGGCGAGGAGCUCAUUGUUGCGCCAAUUCUAGAUGCGGGUCGCGAAGAGCGUGAAGUUUACCUGCCGCAGGGCGUAUGGAAGGACGGCAUCGAUGGCUCCCUGCGCAAGGGCAGCCGGUGGAUGCACGGAUAUCGUGUGCCCAAGGAUAAGAUCGCUUACUUUCGCAAAAUGCCGGACAACACGCGCUUCUAAGAGAAUGCAUAUGUGAUUUACCAACUAUUCCUUACUUCCAGUUGCAGCUCCAGUUGACUCAUCUAUAUUCAUUUUAUAUAUUAUUAUUAUUACUUGUUUAUCUCAUCAUAGAUAAUACCACCCACAUUCCAUAACAAACAUAAGUUGCCUAUAUUUUAGGCUUAGUUUUCUAGUAUUAUUAUUUUUUUUUGUUUUUUUUUUGUCAAGUUUAUUUAAGUGCAUUCUGUGAUGCUCGGCAUUGCAUUAGUUACGUAAUCGUUGUUAACUAUAUACAUAUAUAUAUAUGUAUCUAAAAAUGAAUCAUCAAAGAUAAAAAUGUAUUGAAAUACUGAUUAUUAAAUCGAUGUAC